GAAGUCCCAAAAACGCGCAAUUUAUGUACGGAAGCUGACUUCCAUGGGUCCACAAAUCUGCACCAUUUUCUCCCUCUCCACCCGACUUUCCUCUCUUCCGCGAACCCUGCCCCGCCUCCACAAAACUUUCUCACGACAACAUCCUUCUCUAUCCCCGCCUUCUCUACCCCUCCACUCGACCUUCCGGGCCCAAUUCCACUCCACUAUGAUCGACGUCGAAUCUGCUAAGCGCGCUGCCGCACAGGCCGCUGUUGCGAACCAUUACCCCAAGGAUGCUCGCUGGGUUGGUAUCGGUAGCGGAACCACGAUCAUCUACGUCGUCGAGGCUAUUAAGGCCCUUGGUAUCGAUACUGCUGCUACCCGCUACGUGCCGACAGGCUACCAGUCCCGCCAGCUGAUUAUCGGCGCUGGAUUGACGGCCGUUGAGUUCGAUGCUAUUCCCCCCGGCGUGGUGUUGGAUGUUGCAUUCGACGGCGCGGAUGAGGUCGACGACGACCUUAACUGUAUCAAGGGUGGCGGCGCUUGUCUGUUCCAGGAGAAGCUGGUUGCGAUGCAAGCGAAGGAGUUUAUUUGCGUUGCUGACUCGCGCAAGCUCCAGCACCGUCUUCUUACCAACUGGAAAUGCAUUCCUGUUGAGGUCGCCCCCAUUGCCGCUUACCGUGUUCUGGACAAGUUGAAGGAACUUGGUAGCAUUGAGCCGGUUAUCCGUACCAACCUGGACGAGAAGGAGGGCCCUCGUAAGACGGAUCAGGACUUCUUCAUCGUUGAUGCUCCUUUCCCUGUCAUGCUGACCCAGGCUGAUGUUGCUGCCGGCAAGAUCUCUGGACAGAAUGGUGUCUGGGAGGUUAACGAGCUAUCGAAGAAGAUCAAGGAGAUUGCUGGAGUUCUUGAUGUCGGUAUCUUCUCUGGUCUGACCGGUCCUCAGGCUACCGCUGCUGGUGGUAUUGGUGGCCAGCGUCCUAUUGCUGCUUACUUUGGUAUGCCUGACGGCUCGGUGUCGGUGCGCAUGGCCUCUGCUUGA